UGUAAUAGAUAAAUAAAAGCCAUGGUACAUAAAAAGGCUAUUGUAUUCUUAACAGAAGGAGCUGAAGACAUGGAAUUCUCUAUCAGCGUUGACGUUUUACGACGCGCCAAGGUGGAAGUCACCGUUGUUGGCGUCGAACUCAGUGGAACUUAUGCUACCUGUGCACGAGGUAUCAAGGUUGUCCCUGAUGUAAAAUUCGAAGAGACAGCCUUCAAGGCGUCUGAUUAUGAUGUUGCCAUUGUACCAGGAGGCGCUGGUUCAGCCAAGACGUUGAGUGCUCAUAAGGGAGUUCAUAAACUUAUCAUGGAAUUCUAUGAGCAUUCUAAACUUGUCGCUUUUAUUUGUGCUGGUACUCUUGUAGCCAAGGAGGCUGGUAUUCCUACCCAUCAUACUGUUACUUCAUUCCCUUCUGUCAAGGAUAAACUAGUGGAUGCAUAUACUUACUCUGAAGACAGAGUAGUUGUAAGUGACAAUGUUAUUACCAGCCGUGCCCCAGGUACCGCUUUUCUCUUUGCUUUAACAAUUGCUGAAAAGUUGGUUGGUCCCGAGGUUGUCGAUACUGUUAAGCAUGACUUGAUGACCAUGCCAGAAUUGUAAUUGUUCAUUUUUAUAUACAUUAAAGCCUCUCUCUUUACAAAAACCUGUUUUGUCUAGUAUUUCAUGUCUAAAGACAAAGGCUCAUUCUAAUUUAUCUUACUAGCUUAAAAUGAGGCCAAAUUCUGUUUCUUUUUCUAAUACUGAGAGUGAUCUCUGUUUGCUAUAUGUGUGUAUAUAUAUCAAUUCAUGAUAAUAUUAUCUUUGGUGUCAAAACCAAAUGAUUUAUAAAAG